AUGGCGCUGCUGCGGGCGGCCGCGCUGCCCGCCGAGGGCUGCCCGGCCUGGCUGCCCACGCACGUCCAGGUGACGGUGGUGCGGGCCCGCGGGCUGCGCUGCAAGGGCGGCGGCAAAGGCAAAGCGGGCGGCAGCGACGCGUACACCGUGAUCCAGCUGGGCCGCGAGAAGUACAGCACCUCGGUGGCUGAGAAGAGCGGCGGCAGCCCCGAGUGGAGGGAGGAAUGUGCCUUCGAGCUGCCCCCCGAGCCCGGGGCCUGCGCCGAGCUGGUGCUCACGGUGAUGCACCGGGCGCUCGUGGGCAUGGACCGGUUCCUGGGCCAGGCCCUGGUGCCCCUGGAGCCCGCCCGGCAGCGCGGCCGCGGACCCGACGAGCGGUGGUACAAGCUGCACUCCAAGGCUGGGAAGAAGGAGAAGGAGCGUGGUGAGAUCCUGGUGAGCCUGCAGUUCACCAGGCACAGCCUGACCGCCAGCAUGUUCGACCUGUCCAUGAAGGACAAGGCGCGCUCGCCCUUCGGCAAACUCAAGGACAAGGUGACGGGCAAGAAGAAAUACGACCUGGAGUCGGCCUCUGCCAUCAUCCCCAGCAGCAUGGGAGCCCUGGACAUGGAGGAUGACCUGGAGCUGGGGGGCAAGAAGUCCAAGCUGAAGGGUUUCUUCCUGAAGAACAAGCUGCGGCGGUCGUCGCUGACGCAGUCCAGCACGUCCCUGGGCUCGGACAGCACCAUCUCCUCUGCCAGCCUGAGCCUGGCAGCGCCCAUGCCCGAGGUGCCCAGGUCCCCCAGCAGGCAGGGCAGCCUGUCCAGCGAGCGCUCUGUGAAGGAGCCGCCGGCCUCGCCCAAGCUGAGCCACAAGCGAGCGUUCAGCGAUGAUGUGUCCCAGUGCGGCCCCGCAGAGGUCCCGCAGAGCCCCCAGGCCCGGAGGGACCCCGGCCCCCGCUCGUCCCUCUGCAUCAACGGCAGCCACGUGUACGGGGAGGAGGCGGCAGUGCCCAGGAACCCGCCCGCCUCCGCGCCCCUGCCCGUGCCCCGCAGGCAGGACGAGCCCCUGGGCUUCACCCCCCUGCACGCCGAGCCCCACUGGGGGCUGGGCAGCCUGGAGAGGGCCCAGCAGAGGGACGAGCCCCGCUUCAUCCCGUCCCCUCCCAGCCUGGCUCUGCAGGAAGAGCUCAAGGUGUCCACCAAGGCCGUGACCCUCAGCAACCACCUGGGCAGGGCCAGGAUGGAGGAGAGCGCCCGCCUGGAGGGCAAACCCAGCCAGGGUGCGGCUGCUCCGGGCUUCCCCACCGAGCCGGCCAAGGACAGAGCAACCGAGGACACCAGGAAGGAGGACAAGAAAGCCAAGGGAGGCUUCUUCCACCACGGGGGCAAAGGCCAGGGGGACAGAGGGACCCCCGUCCACACCUCGGCCGCGGGGGAUGAGAGGAGUAAGAGCAGCGGCUGGUUUGGCUCCAAGGAGCCCAAAGAGUCCCCUCAGAAACCCAGUUUUCCGCCUGGGCCGCGUGCUGCACCCGAGGUCGCUGGGAGCUUUUAUUCCUCUGAGGAUUGCAGUCCCUCUGGCUCCCCAAGGCGCACAGAGCCCCAGAGGGAGUCUCCAGCCCAGAGCGUUGGUGUCCCCGUGCCUGAAACCAGUCCCCCAGCACCGGGAGAGCUCCCUCCUGCCGACACCGACACCGAGCCCGCCGUCCCCUCGGAGUGGGACGAUACCUUCGAUGCCUUUGCCACCAGCAGGCUCAAACCAGAGCGGAACAAGGAGAACUUUUUUGCCUCGGUGGCAGCAGAGGGCAUGGCUUUCAUCGAUGACCCCAGAGCCAGCCCAACGGAGAGCUCAGCGGGGCCGCCCUGCCAGAAGGGCUCCCAAGUGUUCGAAAAGGCGGCUGAAAUCCCUGCGGCUCUCCGCUCCUGGACAAAUUUCUCCGCCUUAGACGUGGGGGCCAAUCUGGUGAGCACCACCCAGGAGGCCACGGUGAUCGAGGACGUGCUGAGCCCCGUGUCCGCGGGCUCCAUGGCCAGGAGGAGGAAAAGCAGCACGCCCAUGGUCUGGACAGCCGCCUUUGCCUCGGGCAACCCCGGGGACAAAGAAGGGUCAGCAGCACUGAGCACUGAAAAUAGCGCUAGGGAGGAGGGGGAUAGCGGUGAGGAGGAGUCCUGCAGCACGGGGACGAACGGCUGGAUGACCAUAGCCACGGAGAGCGCCGCCGAGCCCUCAGAGAGCGCCGGGGAGCACCCGGCUCCUCAGGGCCCCUUCGGCCCGCGCCCGCCCUUCCUGGGCGAGGGCACCUUUGAGGCCCAGAGCUCGUCCCGUGCCACCACCGCCACCUGUGUGCUACCCAUGAGCUCCUUCCCCCCCGAGCCGGUCCCCGAGGCCCCGCCGGGCAGCACCGUGGUGGCGGCCGUGCCCCCGCGGGUGCCGGGGGACGCGGCAGGGCGGAGGUUCCCCGAGGCGGGCGCGGAGCCCGGGGAGGGCGCCUUGGACAUCCGCAGCUCGGUGUUCCGGCUACAGGCCAGCAUGCGGCUGGAGGCCAGCGAGGGCCUGCUGCACUUCAGCUCCGACAUCCGCGAGAGGCGCGUGGUGCUGGCGCCGUGGGCAGGGCCCCAGGGCUGCCCGGAGCUGCCGCCCGGGCCGCCCCCCAAACCACCCCGGCGGUUCGCGGCCGCGGGCCCCGUGGGGGACGGCGAGGACGAGGAGCCUGGUGGCACCCAGCGAGGCAAGCAGGAGCCGUGGGAAGAGUCAAAGGGCCCAGGAGCAGAGAUGGGAUUGCCGAGGAGCCGUGCGAGCAGCGAGCCCUCCGUGCCGGCGCCUCCCAGCCUGCCCGCACCCGGAGCGGCCGCCGCUGAAGCCGGGAGAGAGUUCGCAGCGUCUGAGGGUGCCAGAGCUGCUGCUAUGGACCCAGCAGCUGGCUUGGGGACAGGAGCCGACACCUCUGUGGGCGAGCAUCCAUCAGAGAUGAACGAGACAGAUGUGGCCGAACAGUUUGAGACUUGCAUGUCCAACUUCUCCGUGGAUGGACUGGACCGGUCGGGUGCUGAGGAGAGCUGGAGCCAGCCCCGUUUAUCCCCUCAGGGGUCCACAGUCAGUGCCAAGUGGGAAAUGGCCUCCAAGCAGGAGCUGUUCCCUGAGGAGCUCAGUAUUUCAGGACUAAACCCACCUUCCAAGCUAGACCUGGGCCAGCCCACCAGCUGGACAGCUCUGGGAGAGCAGGAGGCAGCCGGGCAUCCACACCCGUCGCCCCAAAGGUUAGAACACAGGCAGAGGCCAUGCCAGCUGGAGCUGGCGUGCCAGGAUGGCGAGGGGCGAGCAGGAGAGCAGCCCAGGCCCCGUGCCCCUCCCCGGGAGGCAGAGCAGGGCAGGACCCCCGCCAGCGAGGAGCCCCAGGGGCGCUGGGCAGAGAGCAGGAUAGACUUCAAGAAAGCCGAUUUCUGGAAGCCAGAUAAGAUAGAGAGGCACACACAGGGAGCUUCAGCCCCGAGAAACCCCUUCACCCUGGCGCUGAGCCCCAAUUCCCCGAGCAACCCCUUCGUGGAGAGGCCCCCAGCCCCUGUCCAGGCUGUGCUGCCCGAAAAGCUUGAGCAGGGCGACUUCAGCUUCCGCAGCCCGCAGGAGGAGCACCCCGGGCACGGCUUGCAGCCCACUAACGCUACCCCUCUGCAUGUCAGCCCGCCCCUGGCCUUCUCCACCCCUUUCCCCGCGGCUGCCACUAACCCCGAGCCGUGUGGCCGCCCCCGGGCCCCCGCGGGGGUCCCCGCCCGCCGCGCCGCCGCCCGGCCCUGCCCGUGCCCGCAGCCCGGGGAAGCUUCGGCGCUCCUGGUUCUGCCCUGGGAGACACGGCCGGCUGAGAAGCCCCUUGGCCAGCAGACGACCAGCCCCCACCCCGUGAAGCCCCUGAGUGCUGUGCAGGAGGGCUCCAGCGAGAGGAAGCAGCAGCACAGGGCCAGCCUGGGCUCAGCACUGAGCAAUGGCCUGGAGAGGCUGAAGACAGUGACCACGAGCAGCAUCCAGCCCCUGGCCCCGGCCUCCCAGCAGGACAAAGCUGACCCCAAGGUAAAGGACCCUGGCCAGCUGGACCAGUCAGCCAAGUAUUACCACCUGACCCACGACGAGCUGAUCCAGCUGCUGCUGCAGAAGGAGGGCGAGCUGAGCAAGAAGGAGGAGCACAUCCAGGAGCUGGAGAACUACAUUGACCAGCUGCUGGUGCGCAUCAUGGAGCAGUCCCCCACGCUGCUGCAGAUCCCUCUGGGGGGAGGCCAGGCCCCCUGAGCCUGCCCAGGGCAGCAGCACCCAGCAGAGCUGUGCCCCCUGAGCCUGCCCAGGGCACCCAGCAGAGCUGUGCCCCAGUAACCACCACGCUGCCAACACCCCUGCACCCCCUCUUCUCGCCCGAGGCCUGCAGUGGCUUCUGUUGCCAGAGUUAGCAGGAAGGGUUAUCUGCUCCUUCCCAGCCCAAGCUUAGCCCAGCUCAGCUCCAGGGAGCUGUAGGGUGGUGGGCUGCCAGCACCCUAUGGGGAGGAGCAGAGCCCUCCCCACCAGGCAGGUGCCUCUGCAGGUUCCUGUUGCUGUGACCGAGUGCCACCUCCCGGGCACUCCUCCUGCCAGAGCUUUAAGUGACCCCUGGACAUCUGAGAGCUGGAAACCAUCUCCUCGUGACUUCACCCUGCUGCUGCUCCUCUGCCCACACUCCUCCUCCUCUCUCCCUUGAGGGUGGUUUCCCCUGGCUGGUGUUGAGCUGCUGGGUGACACUGGGAACACUGAGACCCAGUGAGACUCCCCCAGCAGAGCCUGUGGGACACCCCUUCCCCUCCUCCCCCAGUGAAGGAUGAAGAGCCAACUCCAGUUUGUGCCACUCUCUCACCACACUUGUGGGAGAUGCUUCACAAAGGGAGAGUGCCAGGCCUGGGUGGUGUCACUGGUGGCUCUGUCACAGCACCAGUGACACUGCCUGGGUCCCUCAUGGCUGGACUGGGAAUAUGGCAAAGGCGCCCCAGGCGUGCUGCAGGAGAUCCUCUGCAUGCCCUCACCCAGCAGGGGCUGCUGUGCCCUGGAGGGACCAAGGAGUGCAGAAUCCACAUUGAAUUUCCACUCAGUAUUCCCAGGAAUGGCUGCUCACAGCUGCCCUGCCCUGCCUCAUCUGUCCAGGACAGCCAGAAAACACCCCCAGAGCAAGGCCUGGGGGGUCUGACCCCUCUGCAGGGCCCCAAACCCUCUUGGCACAGCCCAGAAUUCCCAAAUCCUGGCAGGGCGGUGCCCAGCCUGCUCUGCUGAUCACAUUCACAGGCUGGGAUGGGCUCUCCAGGGCAGUGCCCAGCCUGCUGCCCUGAUCAUAUCCACACACUGGGAUGGGCUCUCCAGGGCAGUGCCCAGCCUGCUCCCCUGAUCAGAUCCCAGGCUGGGUUCAGCUCUUCAGGGCAGUGCCCAGCCUGCUGCCCUGAUCACAUCCACAGGCUGGGAUGGGCUCUCCAGGGCAGUGCCCAGCCUGCUCUGCUGAUCACAUUCACAGGCUGGGAUCAGCUCUCCCAGGGCAGUGCCAAGCCUCAGGGCAGCUCUGUCCCCUGCUGAAAACCCCCUGAGUGACCACCCAAAGCUGAAGCAGCAUGAGACCACGACUGUGUUCUUUGUUCCAGUUGUAAACUUGUCUGUUGCAAUUUUCAUCAAAUUCAGUAUAUCAUCUCUUUUGGCGUGCCAAUUCCCCUUUUUGUUUCCAGUUUUGAAGUAAAGUUAUGUUUGAAGUAAAGUUAUGUAAAGUAAGCUGGCUAAGGCUGCAGGGACCCCCUUGAAGGCCUGAGGGGAUCCUGGCCCAUACUCAAUCUCCACAGAUUAGGAACACUGCCCGGGGCAGCACUUUGGGAUGGAGUGAGGAUGAAGAAGCUGUAGGACUGGUGUAAUUGCACCCAUUUGGAGGGGUGUAAUUUUUGUUAAAUGGGGUUACAUCUUUCCUGUGGGUAGACUUAACAAGCUCAAGGUGGGUCAAGUGUUGGUUGGGAGGUUGAUAUUGAAGUUGGAUGCAGUAAUGAGCUUUGGAGGACCCCAAGAGCUCCAAUUCCUGGGGUUCCUCUAGUGCUCGAGGCAGGGUCUUUGUCCAUCUGUCCCAAGCAUCUACCAGACUGGGUUUCUUACCUGUGUGUGGGUAUUCAUUUGCUGCUAAGGAACCCUACCCGGCACAUUGACAGAGGGUUGUCCACACUGCCCAUGGACAGGCAGAGAUUGUCCUGCUGUAAAGUCUUGGCCAGUGUGACCCAGAUGUUCUGGCUGGGCUGAGGGACAAUCCAUGCACCAGCUGAUGGAAAGGUGAGGAGAAUCCAAAAUCCUGUCUGGAGCAGUUGGGGAUUCCCUGCCACUGGAGACAUGGCAGGAUACUUGGGGGUGAUGAGUUGAUCUGUGAGUUUGAAAAAAUGGGUUUUUAGACCUAUAUAGCUUUACCAGCCCCUCAUAUCUUCCCAUCUGAUCCCCUCAGUUUUUACUGAGUAGAAAACGGGACGGAAAACAAGAAGGGGUAACAAUGCAACAAACUAAAGAGGGGUAGCAGUAAAACCAACCAAAGAGGGGUAAGUGCAAAACAAUGAGCAAAUGAAACUCAACACAGAGUCUUAUGAUCUUCUGGAGCAGUGCAGAGUCAUCUUCUGUGACAAACAUCUGUGUUUACACUCUUUUUUCUUCUCUCCUCCACACCACCCAAGCUUGAUCUCUUUGCUGUCUCUGAGGUUCAGGGGGAGUGUCUCGGGGUGCUGCAUUUGGCAGUUUGAUGUACAGCUUGACAUUCCUGCCUGGAAUCCACCUCAGGCCAGAUCCUGUAGAUACACAAGCAUAACCUCUGCCCUAAGUAAUUCAUGGAAAUGGGCCCAAUAUUUGUUUGAAUUUGGGGUCUUUGAUCAGCACAGGGGGUUUCUCUGUGAGCUGAGCUCUGCUAGUGUUGGAGAAGUGCCUGACAGUGGGGGGUUUGGCUCCAUGAAUGAAUUAUUAAGAAAACUGAUGACAUAAAGAGCCUUACAUAAUCUUUGUACAUUCAGCAGUGUUUCAACUCCCCCGUGCUGCUGAUCAAGGACUCUCUUGAGUGUACAGUGAGCCCUCUCUACAACAGAUUGCCCUGUUGGUGAGUGGGGAAUGCCAUUGGUGCAUUUCACUCCCCAUUGAUCUGGGAGCUGUUUGAAAUUUUUGGAGGUGUAAGCAGGACCAUUAUCUGUUUGGAGAAUGCCUAGGGUGGAGAAUGCUAGGAGAAAAUGUUGGAUGACAUCUCUUGGGUUUUCUCCUGCAUGGGCUGAUGCAAAUACUGCCCCAGAGAAUGUAUCUAUGGAAUGAAGGCAUUAAGGGCCAAAAGCAGCUCAGAGUUCUUGUUAUGCCAUUUUCCUCUAGCCCCCAUGGGGAAGCCUACAUAUUCAAUAUUUACCACGUUAGUCAGGUGUUGUAUUUGUGAAUGAAUUUAUUUUUGUCUCCCAAAAGGUGCAUAAUGUGUGACAUCUAUUUGCCAAAGCUGUAAACUUUCAAGGCCUCAGGGGUUAACCCUGGCCCUCAGAGAGGGCAAAGCAAACUCCUGGCAAUUGGGGCAGGAGCCCACAAUUGCUCUUGCCUGUUCCCUUGUGAUUUUAAACAUUCUGACAAGGGCUGGCACAUUUUGAUGAAAAAGCUGAUGGCUCAAUUUAGCCUGAUUGAAAAUGUCUGCACUGCCAUGGCUAAAUAUCUGCCCUCCAGUUGCCUUCUGUGACUGGUCCUGGGAGGUCAGUGUGUGACCUCACGUGCAUAAUGUGAUAUGGUUGCUCUCAGUGGGAGAGGAGGUACAUUAAAUUUGAGAGCAAGCCUUACAAAUCUGGAUUUGGCACUUCCUUUAGCAAGGAAUGUUCUGCUCUCUCAGCUAUUCCAGCAACAUAGGCCGAGUCAGUAACUAAAUUUAAGGGUUGUUUGAAUUUCUCAAAGGCUCUGACAACGGCUGCUAAUUCUGCAGUUUGUGGGGAUCCUCGAGCAAUCUGAACAUCAGACUCCCACUCUUAAGUGUCAGGAUUCCUCCACGUCAUAACUGACUUGUGGGAUCCCCCUGAACCAUCAGUAAACACAGUCUAUGCCUUUAGAGGAGUUCUACUUUUUAAUGAAUUUGGGACCAAAUUAAAGCAAGCAUUAAACAGUUUAUGUUUUGGUAGGUGGAUGGAGAUUUGGUCUGGGUAGCUGUCCAGAGUGAACUGGAGGUGCUCACUGGUUUGGAACAAAGGUUCUAGACUGUUUAAUGCCUGUGAAUUCACACCCCACUAGGGUCCUGAGGUGAGCUCUGGCCUUUCUGAUAAGCUGGGCCCUAAGCUCCUGAGGUGUUGUGAUGUCUUAUUUGGUUUGUGUGAUUGAAACACCCACUCUGUGAUUAGGAGCUGAUCUCCCUGAGUGGGGUCCCACUGGAAAAUGAGCCCAUGGAACUCGGGUGACUUACCCAGGAUGACAAAUUGGAAAGGCAGGGUAGGAUCAGCAUGGUGGGCUUGUCUCAUGGACAAUGCUUCUGAUACCUUCUGGAUCACUUCAUGGGCCUCUAGUGUGAUGGUUCCUGGGGAGCUGAGGUCAUCAGGGCCCCUCAGGAGGUUCAAAAGGGGUGCAAGGUCCUCAGUCAUGAUCCCUAGCAGUGAACAAACCCAGUUUAUGCUCCCACAUAGCUGAUGAAGGUCCCUCAGGCUUCUUGGGUUGUCUUGAUGGUGAGCUGUUGUGGCAUGAUAGUCUGCUCACCAAUCCAGAGCCCACGGUAGGUCCAUGGGCAGAUGCACUGAAUCUUCUCAGUAGCAAUUUCAAAUCCUUCAAUGGCUUGGAUAGUCUGUUUGAGAACAGUCUCCAAAUAAUAGUCAGUCUCUGUGCAUAUGAAAAUAUCAUCCAUAAAGUGAUGAAUUACGGCAUCAGGGAAUUUUUCCCAAAUGGACGUGAGAAUGUGGGCAACAAACAUUUGGCAGAUGACUCAUGAGUUUUUCAUCCCUUUAGAAAGAAUUUCCCCUUGAUGCCUUUUUAGAGGGCUUGUCUAAUAAUUGAUGAAAAUGCAAAUCUUGGGGCAUCUUUAGGAUGGAGUGGAAUAUUAAAAAAACAAUCCUUAAUAUCGAUGACUGCCAGUUUCCAAUCUCAGGAGCAUUGAAGGUGAGGGCAAGCCAGACUGUAACAAUGACCUCAUUCACCUUCCUGUGGUCUUGUAGGAGCCUCCACUUGUCUUUGCCUGUUUAUGAAUGACAAAGACAGGGAUGUUCCAAGGGCUAGUGGGUGGUACUGUUUGGCCCUUAGAUAGCUGCUCCUGCACUACGGAUUUGAGUGCCUUUCGUUUGACUUCUACCAGGGGCCACUGUUCCACCCAGAUGGGACCAUCUGAUUUCCACGUGUGUGGUGAGGUGGGGUGCUCUGCAGUGGCCCAGCUGGAAAUCCUGUGGGUGUGAAGGGAUUUCUGGUCUGAAUCUCCAUUGUCUCCGCCCCACAGAAUGACAGGUGCCUUUACCACAAAAGGUCUUCCUGUGGCAAUGUGACCCUCAGGACCUUCAGUAAGGAUUGACCUUUUACUCCACAUAGAGGUGGCAGCUGCUCCAAUCCCAGAGAUGAUCCAUAGGCUGGCACCAGUUCCCAGCCCUGUGGCCACCUGGAGUGAGCAAUGAUGGUGACAUCUGACCCGGUGUCAGUCACACCUGGAAGAGAAACUUUGGUACAUUUGUUAGACAAGCCACACUCUAUAAGAGGUCUGUCUUGGCAUGGCAUCUCUGCCCAAAAAACCAUAGGAUUUUCUGGCAAAACAUCAGCCCAGGUGGGUACAAGAAAAGCUUGGGUAUACGUGUGCCCUUAGUCAAACCCCAGGGUGGGUCUGUACAUAUUACAGUGAUCUCACGCAUUGCCCCACAGUCUGCACUUCUGGAAGCACAUGUAACUCAUUAACAGUGUCUCCUAUGAUUAAAACAUCCCCUGGCCCAUCAGGAGUACCAGGUUUACCAGCUGGAUUCAGCAAAUCACUUCAUCCUCAAAUUCAACAGAAAGGGCCCUCACCAGCACUCCUGCCUGGACAUGUUAGUAGUCUUGGGAGAGUCAGCCCCUUCCUCAUAGUGAGUGUCAUCAUAGAUGGUUUCUCUGUGCCUGGAUGCUCUGAGAUUGUGGGAAAAGAGGGAUGAAACUGCUCAAAAGAAAGAUCUCGCAGGAGUUUUGCUGAGUCAACCAGCCCUUGAGGUCUUGAGGGCUGUCAGUUGACCCCUGAGAAAUUCCCUAGAAAAUUGGGUGUUUUUCCUUGGGGAACUGGAGCUCUUGGCUGCAACUCAAAAUCCAGUGGCUGGCCAGUGGAGAGGCUUUCAACGGGCUAAUGAGAAGCCCCACAGUCAGGGCACCAAUUUGUAGCAGCGUGGGGUUUAGAGGCUGCAAGCUGCAAGCUCCUACCUGAUUCCCAAGAAGCAUCUCCUGUGGAAAAGCUGCUUGGGUAGGAAUUCAAGCAGGGCAGUCAAGUCCUUUUUUUUGUUUCGUUUUUUUUUGUUUGGUUGUUUUUUUGGUGGCUUUUUUGUUUUUGUUUUUUUGGUUUUUUUGGGUUUUUUUUGCCAGAUCCCAUUUUUCCUAGUGUUGUGGCUGCUGAAGUCCAGCAAGCACGGAACAGCAGGGAGGGGUUUGUCCCUGAGCUCCUGGGGACAUCUAGGGGGCUGGUGAUGGCAGGACAGCCCUGUCCCUGCAGUGAGGGACUGGAGGAGCUCCCAGUCUGUGCAAAGGUGGGAUCUGCUCCGUGUGGGGUUCCAGGAGCAGCAGGGAGCGGGGACAGCCCUGUCCCUUCUCUGUCCCCACUCUGCUGGCCCUUCAGUCGCUGUCCUCGCUGUCCCAGUAGGCUCCCAGCAAGCCCAGCGAGGACGUGGCUGCUGCUGCUGCUGGAAGUGAGCUGGUGGUGGCUGUGGUGCCUCGGGUUUCCAUCCCCUUAUCCAGGGCAGGAUGUGGCUUCUCCUUCCUGCGGGCCACCAGCCCGGCCAGCUGGGCCCUGGUGCUGAGCUUGCCCAAGCUGCACUCCCAGCUCUCCAUCGUCAGCCUCUUGCUCUGGGUGUCCUCCUGCAGGAUGUCCCUGGGUUUUGUUUGGGCUGUGGGAUUUGGACAGUGUUUUGUUGGUUCGUCAUCACAGUCAGAAUCCACCAGGAGCCGGCGGUUCUGGGCCUGUUCCAACAUGGCCUUCAUCUCCUGCUCAUCCUCCUCCUGCUCCUUGCGCUUCUGCGUCUCCUCCACCUCCUUGUGCUGCUUCAGCAUGGCUUCAAAAUCCACGUUGACCUGGCGCUGGUUGAGCUCCUUCAGCUCCUGCAGGUUCUCCAGGACCUCCAUCUCCAGCUUGGAGUCCUUGCUUCAGUUCUCGAGGACCUUCAUGGGAUUGUUGAGCUCCUCCGCUUCCCUCUCCUUCUGCAUCCUCUUCUCCUCCUCCUCCAGGAGCUUCUGUGCCUGGAAGUUCCUGGUGGCGCCGUGCUCCAUGGCGUAAUCCGUGUUCUGGGGGUCUGUCUUGAAGGUGAUCUCAGCCAGGCAGCGCGGGCACUUGAUGUAGAAGCGGAAGAUGGGCAGCCCCAGGUAGGACUCGUUCUGCACCGUCUCCUUGCGGGCGUUGAACUUCUUGCCCUUGUAGAUGUACUCCCCACACGUCCUGCACCUCAUGUUGAAGGGGGCCAUGAGCCUCACCACGUACUGCCGAUCCUUUGGGAGCCUCAGCUUGGGGAUCUUGGCAGGAUCAAAGUCUGGGGGGUAAUAUUUGUUCAGCACUUUCCGUUCCGACAUGGCCGCGGCUUCUCCCGGUCCCCAGGGCUGCUCCCGCACCGCUCACCCCACGCUGGGCACCACUCUGGAGCAGAGUGGGGUUUAGAUGGUGGAAACUGCUGCCUGGUUCCCAAGAAGGGUCUUGCCUUGGUUUGAAAAGCCAGGUGUCUGAUAAGGAAGGCAGGAUCCUCCUCUGAAAUGGAAAAUGUGAACAGGGGUGGUUCUGCUGGAGCAGGGAUCCUGCACAAGGGGGGAGUUUUCCUCUGCAGCUCUAGGGAUGCUGGAGAUGGGACUGGGCUCCCUCUGGCAAUGCAGGGCAGCAGAAAGCUGCUCCUCUAGGAAUGCAGGGGGCAAAGGCUGCUGGGGUGUUCAAAUCUUCAGAUUAUAUCCAGGUAGGAAUGCUUGGCUCCUCCCCAUCUCCCAAUGGGAUGGUGGAAUUUUAUCAGUGUGACUCAAUGGCCCAUUGGCAGAAGAUAAUGAUGGACCAUUAGCAGAGGAUAUUUCCCAGAGGGAGGAUUGGUUGUGGAAGAGGAACUGCUCAAUUAACAGAAGAUAAUUGCCCCACCUCUGACAGAUGGGAACAGAACACACAACUAAAUCUUUCAACCUAAGGAACAUCUCCUCUGGAAAAGCUGCCUGGGUAGGAAUUCAGGCAAAGCAGUCAAGUCCACACACCUCACUCACCAUGGCUAGCUCAGCUCACUGAGGCAAGAAGGGCCUUUUGUAGGAUAAAUUCCAGUGAGGUUUGUCCCAGCAGGCUGAAGGGAAAUCAGGGACAAAAGAGGAGACCAUGUGCUCUGCAUAAUCAUGUAUGGGUCAGCAGGCAGUGCUGAGGGCACAGGGGUGGCACUGUGCCCUUUGUCCUGCCCUGCAGGGAAAACAGGGCAGGCACCAGGGGUACCACAGCCAGUGAGGAAACAGGGAAAGGAGAAACCCUGAGAAUUCGGGACAAAUGGGGAAAGCAGGCUGGGAGGAUCAGUGUUGUGAGGCUCCAUGGGGAAGUCUUCUCUUUCUGCCUAGCUGGGGAAAUCUCUGUGGUAGAUCUUGCCAGGGUGAAGCCUGGAGUUUUCAAAGAGUUCCACACCUGAUUUACCUGGCUGAACUGGAGCUACUGAGGAAGGGGAUAGGAAAGAUGCUGUUCCCUCCCUCAUCCUGCCAGGAUUUUGGCUGUAGAAGGUGCCCAUGCAGGCAGAGGGGCAGUCAGUGUGGGAUUUCAACAUGAAAGGCAUCUUCUCCCUCUUCUCUACCUCCCAAAGUCACUGUGUUCUUUUAAAACCUCCCUGCUCUUCUCUUCACUUGCUUCAGUGUAGACCAUGCCUUUGAAGAAGGGUGCCUUUUGCCACAGUAGCAGUUUCCUACCCCAAAAAGGCUCUGCAACCCAAUUCUCCAUCCCACACAACCUGCCUGGGGCUGGUUCCUCCUCUGUUUUCCUUCUCACCCAAGCAAAGGCAGUUAAUUGUCACCCAGGGACAGCAGAGCCUCCCCACCCCCUGUGCAGCUGCCCUGGCUCCUCCAGGAGUUCUGCACAGCGGCUCAGGAGAGCUGGGGCAGAGGUCAGCAGCUGACACAGCAGGCAAGGGCAGGCUGAGCGUUCCAAGUUGGAGACAGGCAGAACUGGGUCAGGAGGAAAGGAGCUCUGCCCUGUCCAAGCCUUGGACCCCUGCACGAGGAGGAGGAAGAGGAGGAUGUUUUCCCUGGGAGAACAGCAGCCAUGAACCUCCCACUCCUUCCUGCCUCUCCCCUCCUGGGAAUACCUGAGGUUUGCACUGCUCCAGCCGCUCCUGCUGUGUUCCUGCUCCUCCUCCCUCUGUGUGUGUGGGCUGGGGUGGGGGUGUCCAAGGGAAGUGUUUCUCACGUUUCAGAAGGUGCCAGGAACGUCUGUGCCCGUUGGGUCAGAUCUGUGCCCUGGCAGCCUGAGCCCUCUGUGGGUGCCCAGCUGUGCCCAGCUGUGCCCGUGUGAGCAGUCAGGGAGGAGCUGUGAGCACUGGGGGUGCAGCCCUGGGAAUGCAGCAGUGCUGGGGAGAGGGAGGGGAAUUCCUCAGCGGGCAUUCACGGGGGAGCUGCAGGGCCAACAUCUCCCGUGGGAGCCAGAGCUCCUCUCUGCUCCCAGCCUCACAAACACCCUGCUCUUGGCCCUGUGCCCCUGCAGGGACGGCUCCUGGUGCUCCCCACACAAGUGCCAAUGUUUAUGUGGAUCCCACGGCCCUCCCUCCCACCUCUCCCUCCCCUCAGUCGUGUCUCACCGCCUCCCUCAGCCCCCUCUGCCUUAGUCAGCUCUGCCUUGUUUUGCUCCAAAAGCCUGAACGUUUUGCACUUGAAUAUAAAAAGUGACUCUCAGAGCUCAGCAGGCUGUACCAGGUGUGCAGCCCUGCCAGCAAUAGGUGCUUCCACAUCUCCUGUUUGCAGCAAUACCUGUUCUGUUCCCAGCAAUACCUGCUCUAUUCCCCCAUCUCCUGUUUGCAGCAAUACCUGUUCUGUUCCCUCAUCUCCUGUUUGCAGCAAUACCUGCUCUGUUCCCAGCAAUACCUGUUCUGUUCCCAGCAAUACCUGCUCCAUUCCCCCAUCUCCUGUUUGCAGCAAUACCUGUUCUGUUCCCAGCAAUACCUGUUCUGUUCCCCAUCUCCUGUUUUCAGCAAUACCUGCUCUGUUCCCAGCAAUACCUGCUCUGUUCCUAGCAAUACCUGUUCUGUUCCUCCAUCUCCUGUUCCCAGCAAUACCUGUUUCCUCCUUUCUUGCCUUUCCAGCAGUGCUUUGCCGUCUCCUGCCUUUCCAGCAAUACCUGUUUCCACCUCUCCUGCCUUUCCAGCAAUAGGUGCUUCCACACCUCUUGCCUUUCUAGCAAUACCUGUUAUGUUACCUCAUCUCCUUCCCUUGCAGCAAUGGGUGUUCCCAUAACUCCUGCCCUUGCAGCAAUUCCUGUUCUGUUCCCUCACCUCCUGUUUCCAGCAAUGGGUGUUCCCUCAUCCCCUGCCUUUCCAGCAAUAGGUGCUUCCACACUUCCUUUCUAGCAAUAUCUGUUCUGUUCCCUCAUCUCCUGUUUCCAGCAAUCCUAUUUCCUCACCUCUAGCCUUUCCAGCAAUUCUUGUUCUAUUCCUUCAUCUCCUUUUUCCAGCAAUACCUGUUCCCUCACCUCCUGCCUUUCCAUCAAAGAGUGCUUCCACAGCUCUUGCCUUUCUAGCAAUACCUGUUCUGUUCCCUCACCUCCUGCCCUUCCAGCAAUGGGUGCUCCCAUAUCUCCUGCCUUUCCAGCAAUACCUGCUCCUUCCAUCCCUUGCCUUUCCAAGAACAUGUGUUCCAUAUCUCCAGCCUUUCCAGCAAAGGGUGCUUCCAUAGCUCCAAUUUCCAAGCCAUAUCCUUUCCUUCCAUCUCCUGCCUUUCCAGCAAUACCUGUUCCCUCCUCUCCUGCCUUUCCAGGAAUACUUAUUCCUCAUCCCCUGCCUUUCCAGCAAUGGGUGCUUCCACACCUCUUGCCUUUCUAGGAAUACCUGUUAUGUUUCCUCAUCUCCUUCUCUUGCAGCACUAGAUGUUUCCAUAUCUCCUGCCCUUGCAGCAAUACCUGUUCUAUUCCCUCAUCUCCAGCCUUUCCAGCAAUACCUGUUUCCUCAUCUCCUGCCUUUCCAUCAAUGGGUGCUUCCACAUUUCUUGCCUUUCUAGCAAUACCUGUCCUGUUCCCUCAUCUCCUGCCUUUCCAGCAAUGGGUGCUUCCAUAGCUCCCAUUUCCAAGCAAUAUCUGCUCUUUCCAUCUCCUGCCUUUCCAGCAAUACCUGUUCCCUCCUCUCCUGCCUUUCCAGCAAUAGGUGCUUCCACAUUUCUUGCCUUUCUAGCAAUACCUGUCCUGUUCCCUCAUCUCCUUCCCUUGCAGCAAUGGGUGUUCCCAUAUCUCCUGCCCUUGCAGCAAUACCUGUUCUGUUCCCUCACCUCAUGCCUUUCCAGCAAUACCUGUUCCCUCAUCUUGUGCCUUUCCAGCAAUAGGUGCUUCCACACUUCCUGCCUUUCAAGCAAUACCUAUUCUGUUCCCCCAUCUCCAGCCUUUCCAGCGGUCCCUGCUCCCCCAUGUCCCAUUUGCAGCAAUCCCUGCUCCCCCAUGUCCCGUUUGCAGCAAUCCCUGCUCCCCCAUCUCCCAUUUCCAGCAAUCCCUGCUCCCCAUGUCCCAUUUGCAGCAGUCCCUGCUCUUCAUGUCCCAUUUCCAGCAUUCCCUGCUCCCCCAUCUCCCAUUUGCAGCAAUCCCUGCUCCCCAUGUCCCAUUUCCAGCAAUCCCUGCUACCCAUGUCCCAUUUCCAGCAAUCCCUGCUCCUCAUGUCCCAUUUGCAGCAGUCCCUGCUCCCCCAUGUCCCAUUUCCAGCAAUUCCUGCUCCCCAUGUCCCGUUUGCAGCAAUCCCUGCUCCCCAUGUCCCAUUUCCAGCAAUCCCUGCUCCCCCUGUCCCAUUUCCAGCAUUCCCUGCCCCUGCCAGCUGCAGGAGCCCAGGUGUGCAGGGCUCCCUGGGUGCUGCAGGAGCGUGGAGCAGUGAUGGAUGUUCUGUGUCUCAGUGUUCCCCAGUGUCCCCCAGUGUUCAGCAGGUCCCUCCCUGUGCUUGGGAAAGCUCCUACAGAUGCUCCUGUCUCUGUUCUGCAUUUCCCCACCCUCUGGGUGAAGAUUUGGGGUUCUCCCCUCAGCACACAGGUUUUGCUCUGUGCACAAGAGCAGCACAGCAGCCCUGCAGUGGGGUCUGGUGCUGGUGUUGAACCUCCACCUUCCCAAGGGAAUGGUUCUGAGGGCAUAAAUGCUUCCCCAGAGAGGGAAGGGAUGAGGAAGAGACCUGGGGGAAAUGUUCUCAAGUUGCCCAUCUGGGAUUUAUCUCUGUGUUCAGUGACUGAAUUUCCUAUUUAGUGAUUUAUUUGGCGUCCCAGGGACAGGAGCAGCAUUCCUGCUCUGUGUCCCUGAGCUUUGUCCCUCUGUGCUGAGCCCAGCACCCCUAGGGCCAGCAGCAGCCUCUCCCUGUUCUGUUUCAAACCCAGCCAUGACACCCCUGUGGUUUUGCCUUUCUCCUGGAGUUUGUUUUUCCACAUUUGAGCUGUUCCAUGGGGCUGCAGCAGGGUGCUGUGCUCUACCUUGCUGCCAGCCCUCAGCUGGGGUGUGCUUCUCCAGAGCUUUGGCCAAUUUCCUUUCCCAUUGCCUGGUCCUCCUGGCCACGUGUGGGCCAUGAGAGCCACCAAGACUUGUCCUCAAACUGGAACAGACCUGAGGGAUGUGGAUUCUCCAGUGUGAUGUAGACUCAGCCUUUUCUUGGAGGGAGCCCCAGUUUGGGGUAAAAAACCUGGAAAAGCAUCCCCAGGUGGGAGAAGUGUUGGGUUUGGAGUUGUUGGUUUCCCUCUCUUCACGUCUGCAGGAAGUGGGUUCUGUGUGUCUCAUGUUUUAAGAGUUGCAACUAAUGUUUAUAAAGAGCUUGUUAUUUACGUUUUAAGCACUUUAAAAAAAAAUAAAAGUUGUUCAAGCUGUUCCUAGA